AAACACAUCACAUGUACGAAUAUAAGAGCUAUAAAUCAUAUGACUAUCUGUAUCAUUUUGUUUUUCAAUCUUUCAUUGUUGCUUUACGUGAAGUCUAUUUUUAACAAGCUGUUGGAUGAUGUUGAAAAAUAACCAUCAACAAAAGUCAGUAGACAUACCGAUAAACCAGGAGCCGAAAACGUUUGAACAACACAGGCGUGAAAUGCUGACCGGAUUACAGCAUAGACAUAAAGGAAGAAAACGACCUAAGCUUGCAAAUACUCCACACACUGAUACGUGGUCGGAUGUGAUAGAUAAUUGGGUUGAUUCAUCUUGGCGCAGUUGGGAUGAUGAGAUGCACAGACUAAGGCGUGGGAUGUUCGCGCUUUUGGUAAGUUUCUGAGCAAAAGUAUCAUAGUUUACCCAAAUCUCAUAACGAUUAAAAUUGUCUGAAAAUGAUGAGUUUAAAUGUAGGCUUUGAUUCACAUGACGUUUUCUUACUACCUUUAUAUGAGUCAGGUAUCAAUCAAAUAACAGUGAUUAUUUAACUUCCAAUAUUCACACUUAUCUUAUAAUCUAACUUAGGGGUGGGAAGUUAUGGGCUAAAUCGUCAGAUGAUGUGAAUGAUGCACCUCUUGAUAUUUUCGGUCUGAGAUCAUCUUAUCCAGACCCCUUUUACCUGAUGAACCAAAUGGAAGAUGAGAUUGAGGAGAUUCGGAAUCGCGUAGGCAUGUGUAGAGUUCCAGGAAUUGGUGCUCUAAAUGACUUCUUGAAGGAUGCUUAUGAGGUUGGUGAAGACGGGAAGCUUUACUUCAAGGUACAUUUCGACACGAAGGGUUUUACCCCCGACGAUAUCAAGGUUGACUCCACAGAGCAUCGUUUGACAGUUCAUGCGAAGAAAGUUUCAGAAUCUGAUUCAUCAAAAUCUUCUCGUGAGUUUUGUCGGAUGAUAGAGCUUCCUCAAACAAUCGAACAUAACCAAUUGAAGUGUCGUUUGACAGAAGAUGGCGUUCUUAUGUUAGAGGCUCCUGUGAAAGCCCCCGACUAUGAGUCAAUCACAUUCACGGAUAAUCGUCGACUUGGGAUUCAUCCAAAGUCAGCAGAUCAGAUCCAGUCAGUCCCAGCAUCAAAGGCACUUGCUGUGAAAGGUGUAUCUGGUCCAACAAUUUUAGACGAUGAAGUAAAUGGAAAGCGUCUGCAUUUAGAAGUACCCGUGGAUCCAGUGUAUAAACCCGAGGAUUUAUGCGUAAAUGUAGAUUCCAAACGUGUUGUCGUAUCAGGAAUAAGUUAUCAGAAAGACAGUGGUUAUUUUAACAAGAAAAGGAGCAGUUCGUAUGCAGAGUUCACUCAUUCGUACGAAAUUCCAGAAACAGUAGAUCCGUUAUUAGUGACAGCUCAACUAAUUGACAAUAGAUUGGUUUUGGAGGCUCCUUUGUUAAAACGGCACACAGUCAGUUAUUAAUCUAUUUGAUAUAAAUAUAAUAGCAUUGUGCAUCGGUCGAUAAAAUCUUUUGUGUGAAUUAUUUCGAACGAAUUUCUUAAUUACACUUGUAUGUAACGCUUUUGGGUACACGCAAACGUGUAAAAUGUAUUUGGUAAUAAAUCUUAUAUACUCUAA